AAAAACAUCAUCAUGGCCAUCACCAAGAUCCACGCUCGAUCGGUCUACGACUCUCGAGGAAAUCCCACCGUGGAAGUAGAUGUUGUCACCGAGACCGGCCUUCACCGAGCCAUUGUUCCAUCCGGCGCGUCUACUGGCCAGCACGAGGCUGUUGAGCUCCGUGAUGGAGACAAGACAAAGUGGGCUGGAAAGGGUGUCCUCAAGGCCGUCGCCAACGUCAACGAGAUCAUUGGCCCCGCUCUUAUCAAGGAGAACAUCGAUGUCAAGGACCAGCCAAAGGUCGAUGAGUUCCUGAUCAAGCUUGAUGGAACCCCAAACAAGGGAAAGCUGGGUGCGAAUGCCAUCCUCGGUGUCAGUUUGGCUGUUGCUAAGGCCGCCGCUGCCGAGAAGCAAAUUCCCCUCUACGCCCACGUUUCCGACCUCGCAGGCACCAAGAAGCCAUAUGUUCUCCCUGUCCCAUUCAUGAACGUUCUCAAUGGAGGAUCCCACGCUGGUGGACGCUUAGCAUUCCAAGAAUUCAUGAUUGUGCCAUCAUCCGCACCCUCCUUCACCGAGGCUCUUCGCCAAGGUUCUGAGGUUUACCAAAAGUUGAAGAGUCUUGCCAAGAAGAAGUAUGGACAAUCUGCCGGUAACGUCGGAGAUGAGGGUGGUGUUGCACCAGAUAUUCAGACCGCCGAGGAGGCUCUCGAGCUCAUCACUGAGGCUAUUGAGUCUGCCGGAUACACUGGAAAGGUUCACAUCGCCAUGGACGUUGCUUCUAGCGAGUUCUACAAGGAGGAUGUUAAGAAGUACGACUUGGACUUCAAGAACCCAGACAGCGACCCUGAGAAGUGGAUCACCUAUGAGCAACUUGCCGACCAAUACAAGGAACUCGCCACCAAGUACCCAAUUGUUAGCAUCGAGGACCCCUUUGCUGAAGAUGACUGGGAGGCAUGGAGCUACUUCUACAAGACCUCCAACUUCCAGAUUGUCGGAGAUGACUUGACUGUUACCAACCCUAUCCGCAUCAAAAAGGCUAUUGAGCUCAAGUCUUGCAACGCCCUCCUGCUCAAGGUCAACCAAAUCGGUACCCUCACUGAGUCCAUCCAAGCAGCCAAGGACUCCUACGCUGCUGGCUGGGGUGUUAUGGUUUCCCACAGAUCUGGUGAGACCGAAGAUGUCACUAUUGCCGAUAUUGUCGUUGGUAUUAGAGCUGGUCAAAUCAAGACUGGUGCACCAGCCCGAUCUGAGCGUCUUGCCAAGUUGAACCAGAUCUUGAGAAUCGAGGAGGAGCUUGGUGACAAGGCCAUCUACGCUGGUGAGAACUUCAGAACUGCCGUUAACUUGUAA